GAUGAAGUGGGGGCGCUCGGCUCUCCAGCCUGUCUCGCAGCUGCCGGGGAGCUGGGGAGAGCGGCACCCUCCUCGGGACGGGCGUGCAGAUCUCUGACCCUGGAGCCUCUCAGCCCCCGGGAGCAGUCCCCGUGAGUCGUCGCCCGGGCCGCCCGCCGUUCCCCGGCCCCGAGGGGCCCGGCCGGCCGCGGUGGGGGGAGAGGUCAGCAUGAGUCGGGGGUCCCGGCGGGCCGGCGCCGGGCAGGGGGCGGCGGCCGCAGUGCAGCUGCUGGUCACCCUGAGCUUCCUCCCGAGCGUCGUCGAUGCCCAGGUCACCGGUGUCCUGGAUGAUUGCUUGUGUGAUAUUGAUAGCAUCGAUAACUUUAACACCUUCAAAAUCUUCCCCAAAAUAAAAAAAUUGCAAGAGAGAGACUACUUCCGUUAUUACAAGGUUAAUCUGAAGCGACCAUGUCCUUUCUGGGCAGAAGAUGGCCAUUGUUCAAUAAAAGACUGUCAUGUGGAGCCCUGUCCAGAGAGCAAAAUUCCAGUUGGAAUUAAAGCUGGGAGUUCUAAUAAGUACUCAAAAGUGGCAAACAAUACCAAAGAAUUAGAAGAUUGUGAGCAAGCUAAUAAACUGGGAGCAAUUAACAGCACACUAAGUAAUCAAAGCAAAGAAGCCUUCAUUGACUGGGCAAGAUACGAUGAUUCACAGGAUCACUUUUGUGAACUUGAUGAUGAGCGAUCCCCAGCUGCUCAAUAUGUCGACCUGUUGCUGAACCCAGAGCGUUACACUGGCUAUAAAGGGUCCUCUGCAUGGAGAGUGUGGAACAGUAUCUACGAAGAAAACUGUUUCAAGCCUCGAUCUGUUUAUCGUCCUUUGAAUCCUCUGGCACCUAGCCGAGGAGAAGAUGAUGGAGAAUCAUUCUACACGUGGCUAGAAGGUUUGUGCCUGGAGAAGAGAGUCUUCUAUAAGCUUAUAUCAGGACUUCAUGCUAGUAUCAAUUUACACCUAUGUGCAAAUUAUCUUUUGGAAGAAACCUGGGGUAAACCUAGCUGGGGACCCAAUAUGAAAGAAUUUAAACGCCGCUUUGACCCUGUGGAAACUAAGGGAGAAGGUCCAAGAAGGCUUAAGAAUCUGUACUUUUUAUACUUAAUUGAGCUUCGAGCUUUAUCAAAGGUCGCCCCCUAUUUUGAGCGCUCAAUUGUUGAUCUUUACACUGGAAAUGUAGAAGAAGAUGCAGACACGAAAACCCUUCUACUGAAUAUCUUUCAAGAUACAAGGUCCUUUCCCAUGCACUUUGACGAGAAAUCCAUGUUUGCAGGUGACAAAAAGGGGGCCAAGUCAUUAAAGGAGGAGAUCCGCUUACACUUCAAGAAUAUCUCCCGUAUAAUGGACUGUGUUGGAUGUGACAAAUGCAGAUUAUGGGGGAAACUGCAGACUCAGGGCUUAGGAACAGCCCUGAAGAUCCUCUUCUCUGAAAAAGAAAUCCAAAAGCUUCCGGAGAACAGCCCAUCUAAAGGCUUCCAACUCACCCGCCAGGAAAUAGUUGCUCUUUUAAACGCUUUCGGGAGGCUUUCUACAAGUAUAAGAGAAUUACAGAAUUUUAAAGUCUUAUUACAACACAGUAGGUAAUAAAGGCUUUUAUAUGUCUAAUUAGAGACAUAAUGUGACUGUGUGAAGCCUGUUAGUCUUGGACACUCAGCAGAAGGAGACUAAUCUUCAAAGACUUGAAGAAAGACUUCUGAACUCUUAAAAGAGGAAAUUCAAAUGUUCACUUGAAUAUUUAUGAUUCUUAAUAGAUUGUUCAAUUAGAGAUAUUUAUAAAUGAAGUAUAUGCUUUUAAAACAUGUAAGUUAUACUAAUUCUGUGUUUGAUUUCAUGUUUCCAUCUGUUGAAUAUUCUGCUAUUGUUUGUUUAGAACUGGUUUUGUUCUUAUUCCCUUAUCCGUGACUUCCAGUUGUCUGACUUAAAUGAACAUCCCGAGAACACUGUUAGCAGUCCGUUCUGGAAAAGGAGAGCUAGAGAACAGGUGUUGCUUAGAGCUGAUAUCAGUGGUGAAAACUUACCCACGAUCUUUUAAAUGUGUUUGGAUGAGCCUUGCCUCGUUCCAUGUGGCACCCUCUAUGAAUGAAGGCGUCGGUGUGAUGAAUGGCACUUUCAGUGUAAGAAUCCCCAUCCCCAGGACUUCAACUUCCAUUUCCCUGGUUUUUAUUUAAGAUUUUUAGUUGCUGCUGUUGUUGCUGUUUUGGGCUACAGGCCCUGUUUCAGUAAAGGUGAAAAAGUACCAUCCCCUGUGCUAGCUGCCCAGCCGGACCCCACGUGUGUGUCGUGGGCGGGCCCCAGAGGGUCUUCACCUAGAACCUGUACUCUAUGUCCAUUUCUCCUGACUUUGCCUUUCUCUGUCCCUACUCCAAUUACAAAAUUUUUGUUCUCUUUGAGAAAGCAAAAUACUUGCAUAAAUACUUGUUUUGCCUUGAUAAAAGUUGAACAGGGUUAUAUGGCUCAGUAACUCCAGCUUCAACCAUUAGAUACACAAAAUUUACUCUUUUAAAUUUAGCAUUUUUAAAGGAUUUUAUUUUAGAAUACAGUCUAUGCAAUCCCCUCUCAGCCUGAACAUCUUCAGUUAGGUCAUGCAGGCAGGCAGCCGAGUUCAAGCCUCCGUGACACUCCCCCUCCCCGCCUCUCUUUUCCUUUCAGUCCACUGCUUAGAGACUGUACCUGUGGGACUUGUACCAACAGACAACUCCCAAGUCCUCAGCUUAUUUUCUAAGGCUGGGGUUUAAAUAUCCUUAAUAUUUAAAAUCUUUUAAAAGGUGUUAGAGGUAGAAUGAUUAAUUUGGAAGGAGGCAUCUAUGUAGAAGUAAUAUAGGGACAGAACCUGUGGCUUCUCUGUAGAGUCCUUCAGUCUUUUAUGAAGUAAGUGCUCUUAAACCCACCUUUCACCUGCCAGAGUCUGAUACGUGUUCAUUGAUGAUUUAGUGGCAUAUUUGAAAUUGUGUUUCGUUGGCUCACCCCUCUUUUAAAAAUUCUUUGUCAUUCCUUGGAGGGUUAUGGCUGAAGGGGAGUAAGGUCUCACUAGUUAACUAUUUUCUUACCCAAUUUCUAACCUUUAUAGACCAAGGGGUAUUUUGUUAUUGAUGCUGGUGACUUUUUUGUUUCUUUGUUAAGUCGAAUAAAACAGGCCGGCUUGACUAGAGGGCCUCCUCCACUUUUCCUUUUCAUUCUUAGGGAUGUAAGUAUUUUGCGGUGGGAGAGGGGGACCUUAAGGUAAAAAGUGAGAAUCUAAGUCAUCUUUUUGGUAAAUUAAUAAGAAUUCUUCUUAGUGUUCAUUCAGAGUUUAAGAAAAUGUGAAAGUUUUGCACUUUGUUAUUACUGUAAGUUUAAAAGUCGUUUUGGUAAUGUUUACUGUUCCCUCAGUUAAAGAUAAAACUGUUAUUUAAAUUCUGUUGACUGGAGAAAAUCUUUGGUCAUUUCCACUUACUGCUUUUUUUCUUUGUGUGAUUUGUUUCAGGUUUAGGAAAAAUUGUAUAUUAGAGUGAGUUCUAGGACAUUAAAAGGGUGGGAUCCAAACUUCUUUUCAAAGUUUUCAUGGAUGUUUUCACUACCGAGAAAAUAAACAAAUGAAGUAUUCUUAAGCUGAAAUUUAUGUAACUAUUUUACUGCAAAUUGGAUGGGGGGAGGGGGAGGGCACCUUCAUCUUUGUGUAUGUACGUAUCUCCUGAUUGUAAGUACAUGUAGGAACGAACCUCUGUUUCGUGCGCCUAGUGAUACUGUCUGAUCUUCAUUGAUAAAAACCUGUUUUUGUAAGUCACAGACCCCCGUGUGCAGGGACAUGCGAGCACUGAGUGCGUCGUGAAAACACCUGGCUGGUAACUCCUCGCGUGUUUUGUCUUCCUCUCAUCACCUGAUUUACAAAUCCAGCACUUGAUAAUAUAACUGACAGAAAUGAUUGUACCAGCCGAUGAAGUAAUGAAAAUGAAUAAAAAGAAAACAAUACCCUCCUUCA